UUUUAGGACGACUCGUGUUUGGGAGUCCAAAAAAGUCGAACUCACAAUUUUCAAUGACCGUACUUAAAUGGGGCGGGCACGGUGACUCGGCUGGAAAGCGUUGGCCUCCCAGUUCUGAGGUCCCGGGUUCAAGCCCAGACCUGCCUGCGUGGAGUUUGCGUGUUCUCCCCGUGCCCCGCGCGGGUUUCCUCCGGGCACUUUGGUUUCCUCCCACAUCCCCAAAACACGCAACAUUAAUUGGACACUCUAACCUGCCCCUUGGAUUGGCGGGCGACCAGUUCAGGGCGUAACCCCGCCUCCUGCCCGUCGACAGCUGGGAUAGCCUCCAGCAAUCCCCGCGACCCUUGCGAAGAUAAGCGGCUAAGAAAAUGGAUGGAUGUCCGACCCCCCCAAAAUACGGGAAGAUUUUAGGAUGUGGAUCUCCUGAUCCCAAAGGUGGAUCCGGCUCCUUGUUUUUCCUCGACACGCAUGCUCUCUCACUUUCUGAGCUGUACUGAGGAGCUGACAGCGUGCGAGUGUGUCGCCGUCGAGGGGGGGAAACGUCCCUGAGAGUCCGGCAAAAGUGUUGACCGUUCUGCCCGUUGGCUCCGCGCCAGCGCGUCCCGGUCGCUCACCUACAAAUGCGACCUUUCCCGGAGCCUUCGCCGGCCCUCUGUCGCAGGCGGCUGUAACUUGGGUUUCCUCGCCGGUCAGACGGACGGGGUCACGGGUGCACGGAGGAGACGGGAAGGCCUCAGACCAGCGCUGGGAUAUUUCCUAUGAGUGAUGACCUCACUGGUGUUCUGUGGCACCGCGAUGAAGGACCUCUCCUCUUCCUCUUCCUCUUCUUCUCUCAACUCCCAGCUCCACUACCCCGCCUCCAAAACCUCGACCGGGCCCUUCUCCACUUCCCCCGGCGCCGCCGUCCCCCCCGCCCCCAAGCUGCAGCCUUUCUGCCUCCAGACGGGGCCGCACCUCAUCGCGAGCAUGCAGCUGCAGAAGCUCAACUCUCACUACCAGAACCUGGUGGGGUCUUCGGCGGGGCACCUGACGCCCGGUGCCGUUCAGAGGGGGUUUAGGGCCGGAAACCAAAUCCUGGGGCCCCCCGGAGGGGGGACAGGUGCGGGUGUCGGCGCGGGGACACAGAGCGCCGGCCCGAGUGGCGUGUCGGACUUUGACCUCGUAGACGAGGAGGUCCUCACGUCGCUGGUGGUGGAGCUGGGACUGGACCGGGCUAAUGACUUGCCUGAACUUUGGCUGGGCCAAAACGAGUUUGACUUCAUUUCAGAUGUGCCGGCCGGCUGCUAAGCGAGAAAACUCCCAAGUAAAACGCCGGUGGACAUUUUUGUCAUUUUGACACCAUUCAGACCUCAGUGAGGAAGGACCGUCUUGUCAAUGUUUCUUAAAAAAAAAAAAAAAAUAGCUCGUGCUAAAGGAACAGACUAGAAUCCAAACAGUUUUCGUAAGUUUAGUGGAUCACCUUCUUCCAGUUUUGUAGAAAAUGGGUCGCUGGUUAACCUCCUUAGGAGACUAAAGACCAUUUCCAUGUCAAAAACAGGACAACUGAGCGAUUAAUCUGAACAACAGAAAAGACUGCUAAUUAGCUAGCCCUCGUCAAGCUAACCUCCCAAUAUCGACGUGUAUUAUUUUCAAAUCAAUUUACACAAUUUCCUUUCCAAACGCUUUUAAGCAACAUCACGUUUCUGACCGGCGCGUCACAGAAUCAACUCCGAGGGGCGCAAACCUCAUUCGGGUCAUUUCCUGUUGUCUCAGUGGGCCCCGCCCGUCUUUCUUCACAAAUCACAAGUAAGCUUUUGUUUACGAGUGAGUGUCAUGGUCAAAUGUCCUGGAGUCGAACUCGUGACUGUAAUAUUCAGGAGGAAAGAAGCAUGAAGGAGGCUAAACAAGGAGUCUUUGCCGUCUCCUGUUUCCUCGGCGGCGGCGCCGUGAUGAGAACAAGCUGAUGGACGGACGCACAAAGACACACCUGUUGCCGCCGCCGCCCGUCCGGGGACUUGAAAGCGGGACGGCGGACUUUAUGAUGAGCAACAGUCCGCUGGCUCUUUCCUCAACGGACAAUAUUCCACUGUGCUCUCACGACGUCGGGAAAGAAAAGGCACCUCUUUCUUUCUCGCGCUCUCUGGUUCUCUCUCUCCCCGCGGCCUCACAAGGAUGCGAUUGUCCGACAAAGUGCUUAUCUCUCGGCACUCCCCUUUCUUUUCGUUUUGGAAUCAAGCCGGAGCAGAACACUGAAACGGCGGCUGAUGUGGGGCCGAGCUGGAAAGGACAACGAGCGCCAGUGUCCGACCGCGUGACGCGUCGUUCAUUUCGUUUGUUUUGUUGUUAUUAAGGUGACAAGAAGAUGCUAAUUAAUGUGGUUGCUUCCAUGUUUUUUUUUUUUUUUUUGCAUUGCUUCCUGGUCUAUUCCAAUGCGUACUUUUCCUGUCAAGAUGAUUUGGGAUCUGACAUUCUUCUUCUUCUUUUCCUUUCGGCUUGUCCCGAUUAGGGGUGGCCACAGCCUAUUUCGUGCAUCCUCCUCUCGAACACCCACUGUCCUCAUGUCUUCCCUCACCACAUCCAUCAACCUUUUCUCUGGUCUUCCUCUCGCUCUUUUGCCUGGCGGUUCCAAUAUAGUCACUCUCUCGAACCUCGUCUCCAAAACGUCCAACUUUGGCUGUGCCUCGAAGGAGCUCAUUUCUAAUCCGAUCCAACCCGCUCGCUCCGAGCGAGAACCUCAACAUCUUCAUUUCUGCUACCUCCAGUUCUGCUUCCCGUCGUUUCUUCAGUGCCACCGUCCUAGCGGAGACCCUUCUGUCACAUAGAACACCAGACACCUUCCGCCAAGGGUUCCACCCCGCUUGGACCCGUUUCUUCGCUUCCUUAACACACUCUCCAUUGCUCUGGACUUUGAAGUGGUCCAACCUUGCGAUCUCUUCUCCCUGGAGCUUCAGUCUUCCCCCACCGCCCUCUCAUUCACGCACAUAUUUUCUCUUUUACUUUGGCUAAUCUUCAUUCCUCUCUUCCUCUAUCUUUCUAAAUGUUCCUCCGCCUGUUCCCUGCUUUCACUGCAGAUCACAAUACCAUCCGCGAACGUCACGGUCCGAGGGGAUUCCAGUCUAACCUCAUCUGUCAGCCUAUCCAUUACUACCGCAAACGGGAAGGGGCUCAGGGCGGAUCCCUGAUGCAGUCCCACCUCCACCUUAAAUUCUUCCGACACACCUACGGCACAUCUCACCGCUGCAUUCGGGAUAUGCGCGAACAUCUGAACUUGAAAUGGUGGCAGGUGUCCACCGACUCCCACUGAACACGAUUUUUAAUGUGAUCGGUUUGAUUCCAAACAGCCAGUUCUACUCUCAAAAAGAUUUUAUUUCUUUUUUAUUGAGUUCUGCAUGUAUACAUAAAUCGGGGGAAUUAUUUUUUUUUUUAAAUAAUUAAUCAUCAACAAAAACCUGGCUGUGUCAACUUCAUAUCCACUAGACUUCAAACCUUUUUCUUUUCUCUCACAAUCAUUCAGUGAUUAUUUCAUACACUUUUUGCUCAUUAUUUUUU